UCAACUUGUAUUGCUUCCCCAGUUUCCCGCCAUUUGACAUGUUGAAUGCCUACAUCUGCUCUUGUGAGAUGGACAAGAGAACAUUAUGCGACUUGUAGGAGGGGCAGCAUCAGUAUUUUAGGUAAUGGUUUACCAUAACGCGCUUCUCGAUGCGGUGCUUGUGCCAGCGGGUCUGCUGUUACUUGCGUCGUAUCAUGUCUGGCUGCUCGCUCAAAUAAAGCGCAGACCUCUCGCCACUGUCUUUGGCGCUGCUCACGCAAACCGUCGCACUUGGGUGCAGUGCGUGAUGAAGGACAGCAACGCCACCAAUGGCAUGCUGGCAGUUCAAUCUCUCCGAAACUCCAUCAUGGCGUGUGUCUUACUGGCUUCCACGUCAGCUAUUGGUGCAGUUGCAAUCGCUACAAUCCUUACCAGUAUCCGCCUUGACAACCUUCAAGAAGCUCUGUCUUCUCUGACCAUUGGAUCAGCCUCAUCUGACCUGCUGCUUCUGAAAGUCUUUUGUAUAUUCCUCUGCUUCCUCUUCGCAUUUCUGUGCCACACCCAGGUGCGUUUGUGUCGAUCUACAUCAUUGUCCUUUCCAAAGUCUUUUCUCCAUUCUGUUAGCCUCUUGGUUCUUGAAGUUGCGUUUCCUCCUGUUCUCAAAGGUUGUGGAUUUAUGCUCAACCGUAGCUUCCCUGCGUUCCCCCUUGCCAAUCACAGGCCAUCCGAUUCCUCAGUCAUGUGAAUUUCCUUAUCACGAUCCCCAUUGAUCCUGUGACUUCUCCUGGUCUCUCAAUCGCGUAUGUGCAAAGAGUUCUUGCACGAGGAGACAACUUCUUGACCGUGGGCAACCGCUCAUUCUACUUCCUUCUCCCUCUUGCUCUUUGGUUCUUUGGCCCUAUUCCGAUGUUCCUCUCAUCCGUUAUUAUGGUGGCUGUACUCAGCAUCUCAGAUUUUUCGCGUGAUUUUCUUGUCAUCCUUACACCCGAGGCCCUAACACGACAGGAUCCAUAAAUCAGCGUGGAUGUGCUCAGUGUCUGUGCUUAUCUGGUGCAUCUGCAGGAUGUAUACAUGUGACGCAUACGUUUUUACAAGGUUGUACAUGAUUGCUCCACACAGGUGUAGAUGGGUAGUCACAUUGGCUGAUGACUAACAAGGCCAAUGCGGAUUUGUUUUUAUAUGGACCAUGUCUUACUCUGGAUCUAUGCUAACAGCCACCACCAACAGCAGUACUCUGGGAAGCCGCCACGAGGCGUGGGACACACCACGUCAAAACGCCACCAUUCCGGUUUCCGUCAGUGCACCCCACAGUUCGUCCGUUUUCGACAGGACACUUGCAAGUGCGGCGCGAGACCUCGGGAAUGCCAGAUACACCUCGUCGGUACCGUCCCGACAGGUGGGACAGGCUGGGACAGGCUGGCUGGCAAUCUUCCGGUAGCUGCUGCUGCUCACUAGAUACACUGUAUACAGUUGUCGAUCGUUGACUUCUCGGCGUGUACUGUACUGUACUCGAUACACGCUGCACCGUCGCGUCGUUCACAUUGCCAAACGGUACUAUCAUUGCCGCACGCAGCUCGACAGUGUCGCAGCGCCAGCCUGGCGGCAGCGGCAACUGGGAGGGCAACAGGCAGCAGGCAGCACGCAACAGGCAUCCUUGCUGAUUGAGAGACCUUCGAUUCGUAUGGCGAAAUUCUUGGUUUCCGGCCUCUUGGUUUCAUCGGCUUUUAGGGGUUCAGCUGAGCGCCAAGGGUGCGCCGGGGGGCCAAGGAGCGCCCAGCGAAGCUAAGCCAGAUUCUUUCGCGGUUCGCUUCGAAAACAGAGCGAGAUUCUCUUCGUCUUCCCCCUCGCGGUUUUAUAGCGACCUAGAGCUUCUCAUCAUGACGAAUCCCACAUCAGCAACGUUUUGGGUGACACCUCUCCCCUCGAGCUUGCGAGGUCGGAGCGAGUCUGAGUCCGAGUCAAAACUCGAGCUCUCAUGGCGGCCUCCCAGGUGCUUCAAGGGCUCGUGAGGAGGCAGCGGAAGCGGGAAGCAGGCGUGAUGACUUCAGUGAUCAUGAAGGAUGUGGAAAUCCGCGUUAAGAGCGAGGCGCCGCUGGAAACCAAGAAUUCUGUCGCCGAAAUCCCUCUUAGAAAGCACGAGCAACCGCACCCGAGCCAGUUUUCAAUGUUAACGAAUCGCCGUGAGCAGCCGCCAGGCAGCGAUUUCCAGACGGGAGCCGGGUUUCACAGCCUUAGCCUAUCCAUGGCGGAGCGCAGCUCUCGGCCCGUCAUUGACAGUGACAAUUUUGUCUGUACGGCGGAGCACCCAGUGAUCGUAUCACCACCCGCGGCGGGAGCAGCAGUCAACCCGCCCGUCCCGGAGACAGCUCAGAAAACGGAGGAGCGCGCGGCGUGGGAAAAAAUCCUGCAGGCAGCGGCGGCGCAUGAUCUCGACGGAGAUCGUGUGCUGCCCGUCAAACCCGGCGGUCUCGGUAGCGGUCUCGGUGGCGGUCUCGGUCAGCCUCAGGGUCCACGUCUCAAUCUCUGUCUCGGUCGCAAUUUCAGUCGCGAUUACAGUCUUGGCAUCGGUCUCGCGGGGCCAGAGUCGCCAGACUCGACUUUGAGCCAGCCGCGUGCAACACGCGGCGUGACGAUGACGGCCAGCAGCAGCCAAGGAAGCGUCAACGGGUCGUGAACGAGCAACAGCCGCCGGAGCCUCGCCGGGGAUCCCUACCCACUGCAAGAAGCGCGACGGCGGACGCUUACCUGCCGGACGCGGCUUUCUUGCCGGAUGCGGUUUUCUUGCCGGACGCGGCUUUCUUGCCGGACGCGGUUUUCUUGCCGGACGCGGCUCUCCUGCCGGCUGCGGUCAGCACGGCGGUGACGGCGCAGAGGGAUAUCGCGUCGCUCAUGCUUUCCAGCGGCCGGUUUCACAACGGGCCGGUAGUAACCUCGAGGUUGGGUGAUCAGUGCUGCUCUACGGGGGUUGCCAAUGCGAGGGCCUCGGUGAUGAAUCCCAGUGGGAUGCGAGGGCCUGAUGCGGCCGCUGUAGCGGUUAUUCGUGCGAAUCCUAGCGAAAUCCUGAACAUCCGUGAACCUUCUGCAAGCAUCUGCAAUUCCCUGGCGAAGAUUCGCGAUACCUUUAGUCUUCGCGAGGCUCGGCUUGUGGGGCGGCUGCAGGAGGCGCAGGAGCGGGCGGAGAGCGAGAGCAGGCGAGCGGCGCAGCUAGAGGGGCAGGUGGCGCAGAUGAUGCGCCGCAUGGGGGAGGCGCAGCGCCUGGUGGCGGGGCUGGCGCUGAAGAACGCGGAGCUGCAGGGGGAGAUGGCGCAGCUGAUGCUGGCGCACAUGGUGGUGGGGCUGGCGGA